GGCUGUUCGCUCCAUACACGCAGCAGAAUUCGCUCGCUCCCCUCUGGGUCUGCGCUGCCUGCAAAGCUCAGCAGCACCGAGGGAAGAGAUCCAGGAAUCUGCAACAGAAACGAUGGCAGUCUGAAAGACCCUCUGGUGCCAACCUCCAAAUUCUCAUCUGUCACUUCAGACCCUGCCUGGCUGACAGGGCAGCAGAAUUUCAACUCCAAUAAACUUGAAUGUGCUUCUAGGCAAAGAAGCCAAGCUAAGGAGGAAGGGGGUUGAAAGAGUUCCUCUUGGGCGGGCGUCUGUCAGACUUUUACUUCCUGUUGUGUGCAAAGAGGGGAUUCAACAUCAGCUGCAAGCUACCAAGGCCCUGGAUCCAGCCACCUCUCGGCAGGUCCAGACAAAAUGGUAGCUGCUCUUUUCUUCCUGUACCUCUUGGGGACUGCAGCUGCAAUCCCGACAAAUGCAAGGUUUCUCUCUGAUCAUUCCAACCCAACUACUGCAACCCUGGUGACGCCCGACGACGCUGCAGCCCCCAGUGUCGGGGUGGAAGCUGCGGCAGAUACAGAAAACCAUGCCAACGAUGAGGCUGAAAAACCUUCAGCACUGAAGUCGGAAGAGGAAACCCAUGAGCAGUCAACAGAACAGGAUGAAACCUACAGCCAUGAGAUGGACCUGAAGGAUGAGGAGGACGGUGAUGGCGAUUUAAGUGUGAAUCUGGAAUAUUCACCCACGGAAGGAACGAUGGAGGUACAAGAAGGGACAAGUGAGCCUGGCCAGAAAAAGCUCCUAGAGAACACCAAUUCCCCUGCUAUUGCCUCGACUUCCUCUGUGGAUUCCAACCAACGUGAAGACGUCACAAAGGGGGAGGAAAGCCAAGAGCAGCCUGUAGGGGACACGAACCAACCGCUGAACAGGAGCAGCGAGCAUAACGGAGACUUGGCGGAUGAUGAAAGCCAGGAACAAGAAGUUCCCGAUGAAGAAGAGGAAGAAGAGCCAGGAGACACUGGUGCUCCCAGCGAGAACCAGGAAAGGGAAAAAGAACUUCCCGAGGAGCAGCCUGCCAGCAAGCAGGAGAACAGUGACCAGACUGACGGCACCUUAGAAGAGUCCAGUGAACCAACUCAGAAAAGCGAGAUGCAGAAGAAUGGGUCUGAGCAAGACAACCCAGGGCAGGAGGGCGACUCCAACGCAGAAGGGGAGGCUGACAGGGCAGCAGGCAGCAGGAAGCAUAUUCAGCACACGGAGUGGCAGGGCCAGGAAGGAAAGGCUGGCCUUGAAGCUAUUGGUAACCAAAAGGACAUGGAUGAAAAGACAGUUUCCACAGAACCCACCGAUGAUGGUGUCAUUGCGACCAGGGAUCAUGGAGCCAGUGACAAUGGGGGCAGUGAUGACUCCAAGCACGGUACAAGUGAUGACUAUUUCAUCCCGAGCCAGGAGUUCCUAGAGGCUGGAGACACAGCUUCCCUUGACUAUCACGUCAAACAUGUUGAGAAAGCAACAGAUGAGGAUGAGAAUGCAGAUAAGAGUGAGGCUGGAGACGACCAAGGGGUCAAGAAAGCCGAGAGCUCACUGAAUGUUGAACCUUCAGAGGAAGGCAAUUUGAGGGGGCGCAGUGCUGGCUCGUGCACGAACUUCCCGUGUAAGAGGGGGCACACUUGCGAAGCAGAUCAGCAGGGGAAACCCCACUGCGUUUGCCAAGAUCCAGAGACUUGUCCCCCUGCAAAAAUCCUUGACCAAGUUUGUGGCACAGACAACCAGACCUACGCCAGCUCCUGUCACCUCUUUGCCACCAAGUGCAGGCUGGAAGGGACCAAAAAGGGACACCAACUGCAGCUGGAUUAUUUUGGAGCUUGCAAAUCUAUUCCUCCUUGUACCGACUUUGAAGUGGCUCAGUUUCCCCUGCGGAUGAGAGACUGGCUCAAAAAUAUCCUGAUGCAGCUUUACGAACCGAAUCCCAAGCACGAUGGUUAUUUAAAUGAAAAGCAGAGAAGCAAAGUCAAGAAAAUCUACCUGGAUGAGAAGAGACUCCUGGCUGGAGACCACUCCAUUGAACUUCUCCUGAGGGACUUCAAGAAAAACUACCACAUGUAUGUGUAUCCUGUGCACUGGCAGUUUAACGAACUGGACCAACAUCCUGCAGACAGAAUCUUGACACAUUCCGAACUUGCUCCUCUGCGAGCUUCCCUGGUGCCCAUGGAGCACUGCAUAACGCGCUUCUUUGAGGAGUGUGACCCCAACAAGGACAAGCACAUCACCUUGAAGGAAUGGGGCCACUGCUUUGGGAUUAAAGAAGAAGACAUAGAUGAAAACCUCCUGUUUUGAAUUAAGAUGUGAAAGAAUCGAAACUUCCCAUCGGCUCCUUCUGCGUUAACCACUUCUGAAUACAUGCAGUCAUAACACUGUAGAUUCAUAUUUAGCAAAAUGUUUGUUUGCAUGUAAGAGAAGACAAUGAUAGUAACUGCCUGAUGGUGAUAUACAUACGUGCUAGGCUUUAUCAUUCCCUUAGGAAAUAAAACUUUAAAAUUAAGUAGACUCAAUGUCUACAAAAGACUGUACUGUCUGGGAACACUUUAGCUCAUAAUAAUGUUACUCUGCAUCUAAUUUUAUAAUUGAUAAUUAUAAAACAUGAAAAAUGUCUUUGUAUUGUGACUAACACCUUAUGCAUGUUAAGGAAGUGAGAUGUUGCAUUUUGUGGUUAAUGUGCCUCAUUUUCAUUAUCUUAAUGUCUAAUAAAGAUCCAAUAAAGUAUCAAAUACCUGCUCAA